AUGGCGGAAGACCCUGAUCCUUGGGCUUCUUGGACUUGGCCCGAUGACAACAGCCAGGUGACUUCCUUUGAAGCUCCCGAUGCGAAGAACGGUGAAUCGGACGCUACGACUGAAGCUCCCGAUGAGAAGAACGGUGAAUCGGAUGCUACGAUUGAAGCUCCCGAUGCGAAGAACGGUGAAUCGGACGCUACGACUGAAGCUCCCGAUGAGAAGAACGGUGAAUCGGAUGCUACGAUUGAAGCCCCCGAUGAGAAGAACGGUGAAUCGGAUGCUACGACUGAAGCUGAUACAGGCGGCUGGCCUACUGAUGAGAACGAGCCCGAUACAGGCGGCUGGCCUACAGAUGAGAACGAGCCUGAUGUGUGGGACAAGAAACCGCCUGCUGAUCCCGAGCUGCCCCCUCGCAUCUUUGUCGACAUCGAGCAUCGGAUCAUCGGCAACGACAAGAUCCCCAAAUUCCCCCCCCCUCCCGAGGCUUCUUCAGUGGAGGAAACAAACCCAGUUGUUACUCUCGACAAAUGGAGACCUGUAUACGUCCCUACGGCGAAAGUUUCAGAUAUCGGCGCCCUCUCAAUCGACACGCAGCAGAUCAUUUCGAGCAUCCGUGACACUGCUCUUGAGUCGCUCAAGAUGCGCUGCCUUAUUGGCACGAAGAAGUCAAUCACGGGAUAUUGCGACACGACUCUCACAGCCGCGGGAGCGGACUCGAUUGGCAACACCUACACCUUGAUGUCUGUGGUCAACUCUCAAACCCUCCCGGGUGAGAUAAGAUUUACGCACAAGUUCAAGCGUCACGGGAAGACGUUCAUCAGCGCUCGUCUUAAGAUACCCAUCCACGCUCUUUGCAGAGUCCCCAGCCUGACAUUCUUCGAUGAUCAGAAUAACGCUGCACAGAUGGCGUUGAUGGGAGGCAUUGUCCGACUGCGCGACCAUGUUGCAAUCAACCUCAUCGCCGACAAGUCCCAGGUCUGGUCAGCUGUCCUCUCUGACAAGUCUUCAGAUGCCGCAACUCAGAAGCGUCUGACCGAGUGGAUCGACAACGUCAUCUGUCAAGACACACAGAUGCAACUCACCAUCAUCCUCCCGCCGAACCAAGCCAGUGUGAGUACCUAUUUCAACAGGCUUGUUGACGAUUUCAAGCGGUUCCAGCAAAUCCCGCGCGCGAUCUGGGUCAACGCAGAUGCGUACUUCAAAGACCCUAAGAACCCCCGGCAGCUCAAUUGGUCAACGAUCCAGGUCGGAAACCCCAGACCCGAUCUACCUAAUCCGGCACACAUCAUCUUCCAAGAUGACACUACUCGUAUGCUGGCUUUGCAAUUGUCGGCCUAUGAGGAGUUUGAGAUUGAGAACAGCGCUGCUGCUGAGCUGGAAGAUAUGCCUAUCUCCAAUGUCACCAUGUUCCCUGAUCGUCUUUCACAGUGGAACGAUGAUAAAACCAAAGACUACGGUGUCCCACCCGAUGGAACCCACCAACGCUAUGUGGCAGUUCUAUCUCAGCUGACAGAUUCGCAACGCGCUUACAUGCCCGAGCUCAACUCUCCAUUCGCAGUCCGUUUCGAGAGUUCCCUCGCCGUACCCUCGCCGCGUCAACACCCAGUCGAGAACGCCGACCCUCUGGCUUUGAAGCGCCGUGCCCUGCGUCACCUUAUAGGCAUCGCUAGAGACCUCUCACACGAGUGUGACACGGAGUCUUACAAGGCAGCGGGAGAGGUCAAGGACAAUGCCAGAGGAGACCGCAACGGCGAGAUGGCCAUCGCUAUCGCGUCCACCUUUCCGAGUCCCCUCCCGAACUCUGUCCGAGGUGACAUCAGUCCUAAAGUAGCGGACGACGAUGCAACACUGAUGAUCGCACUUUCACAUGUCGACAAGUUCUUCCCCAUUCACUCCGACCGUGAUGAGUGGAUCGAAACUCUCAUGAAGACCUUCGAAGGCAUCUCUCUCGUGGUUCCGUUUGCACGAACCCCGCCCUCUUGGCCCGCUAUCCGUAUCAGGCCUCCAAGAGGUGCGGAUGUUGAUCACGUCUACAUUGCACUCCGCGUUCCGUGUGAGCAAGGUUGGCCUGAGCCGUAUGCGGUCCCUCCGAUGCAGUUCAAGACUCAUACGAUGCCCAUCGGUGGUUUCAAGGAUGUACAGGACUAUGCAAUCGACCAUGAGCUUACCUACACCAUCAAUCUUGUACUCACGCCCAACGACAAGACCACUAAGGCUGAGAUGGCUGCUGUGUCGACAAUGGCCACUGCUUCUGAGGGCACAUUUCACAACACGCUCUGGCAGUAUACCGCUAAAUUCCAGACAACCCAGUCUGUCAAUAUCAUUGACAAAGUUCCCGCGCUGGCAGAUAUCUUGAAGAUCCCUAAGCCACAUAACAUCAUUGCCAAUUCUCUCAAGGAAUGCCCUGCUCGUCUCUGCGCGUACAUCGGUGUUCCUGGUUCGGGCAAGACAACAUUUGCGCUGCGGGUGUUGGCUCUGAUGGUCGCGAAUGCUGGCUCCAAGGCUGUCUGGUCUGUGCAUUCCAACGAGCUUUGCAAUGAUGCUGUGCGCAAGAUCCAAGCAUCCCUUAAAGAUCCCAAGGGGGUCGUUCGCCUUCACACCCUCAGGGCAACAAUCGCUGCUCUGACCGGCCGAUCUGCACAGCCGCAGCCGCAGCCGCAGCCGUCGCAUCCCUCAUCGAAGCUCUCCGCUGCUGAAGAGGUGGUCUCUCAAGCCAUCGCCACCGCUGACCGCGAGUCUCUAAGCCAGAACGUUCUCGAAGACGGCGACUCCCUUGCAAACUACGCGCUGUACUUUGCACAGACUCAAGGACUCGAGACCUUCCAUACAUUGCUGGAGCUGCGCGACAAGCACAGGUUGACUGACGAAGAGAAACUUCGAGCCAAUGAUGACGCCAUGCUACUUCUCAACACAAUUCUUCCUGUGAUCCGCGUCCUUGUCGGCACCCCGUACGCUGUGUCAGAAUUUGCUCGCGCCACAAAGCUGGAGCAUGACAAACUUGGUAAAUGGUCUCCUAAUCUCAUCGUUAUCGACGAGGCAGGACGCAUGCCGGAGUCGCAGUGGUGGAUGGCCGUCGCCUAUCAUCAACCCGAGCUCAUCAUCACAAUGGGCGACCCCAAGCAGUUCAACCCCAUGUCUAAGAGUCUCGACAGUCAUGGCCAUGAGAAUUGGCGCUCGACAUUCGGACCCCAGCGUCGGAUGCCUAUCAUCACUCGCGCGGAGAAAGCAGGCGGCUUGGCAACUUCUCUGAUCACCAAUAACCGCAACCAUGGUCGCAUUGCAGAAUGGGCUGCAGACGCCAUCUAUGGCGGACGUAUGAACAUCGUGAAGCUGAGAGGUCCUGUGGUUGACUUCUUCCGCGAUCUUGGUCGUACUGCUCUUCGUCUUGAUGAGGCUACGUGCAACAGUUUCAUGGUCAACAUUCCCGAGGGAGAUGAGAAGCUGGUUGGCGUUUCCUAUGCCAACGUUGCAAAUCGAAACUAUACGUUUCACCUCAUUUUCCAGUUGUUCCAGAGUGGAUUCCCCUCCACCCUGGAUACUGGUAAGCAGGGAAAUAUGAUGGUGAUCUGCGGAUAUUCCAGCCAGCUUGCUCUUUAUCAACAAGAGUGGGCCAAGUUUAAGGCGAACGCUUUCAUCAAGGACAAUGUCUCUUUCCGUACUGUUGAUGACUCGAUGUCUGCGGAGGCUGAUAUUGUUAUCUUCGAUACCGUUCGCUCUCUGUUACUGGGAUUUCUUCCGCAUGCCUCUCGCAUGGCCGUUGCCGCCACCCGAGGCUGCGGACUGAUGAUCACCCUCGUCAACGCAACCAGCUGGACGAAGAGAAGCGAAGGAAGUCAGGCGCAGUCGAAUGCUGCACGUACCAACUUGAUGCUGAAUUACUGGAACUGGCACUUCGCUCGCGGCGCCAUUGCCAACACGCGCCCUGAGCAGAAGGGAUGUGGCUUCAACCUGAUGUGCACGAAGUGCAACUGCCCUGGCCAUGAAGACUACAAUUGCGGCAUCCAGAUCAAAAAGCGCAAGAAUGACGAGCCCGCGCGGGUAAAGAAAGUUCGACCGUGCAAGCUGUGCAAGGGAUCUCAUCACCACAUCUAUUGUGAUCAGGAGAUCCCGAGUUCUGCUUUCUUCGACGAGACUCGUCUUCGUCCUAGCACCACCGCUGCCAUCAACGACGAUGCAGACCAAGAAAACCCUGAUGAUUCUGUCCAUAACGUUGAGGUUGAGGUCACUAAUGUCGCCACCGGCACUCGUCGCAAGCGUUUAGAGAUCACGGGUAACAUCGAUCCCGCCACAGUCACCAACAGCAAUGCGGCCCUGAAGUUGGAGAUCCGUUCUGCCACUCGCGCUAAACUGGACACCGCUCGAGCCGCUCUUAGCGAGCAUCACCCAGAGCAUCCCAUGCUUGCAAAGCAGGAUGCAGGAGAAGGCGUCAUUGUGAACAAGAGCCAGGCCAUUGGUCGAACUGACUUGGAGGAUGACGAUAGCGAUCAGGGAGAUGGUGAGGAGGAACGGGAGCAUGGCAACGGCGGUCAGGGAGAUGAUCAGGGAGGAACUCAGUGGUAG